GCAGGGCAGAACGGGAGCGGGAGCGCGCGCGUGCCAUGCCCAGCUUGGCCGUCAAUCAGAGCCAAAAGGGACAGGGACAAGUUCCUUAGCGCCACAGAACAGCAAAACAGGGCUCAAACACUGGGACUAUGUCAGUGCUGGCGCUGCAGGAAUAUGAAUUCGAGAGACAGUUCAACGAGAGAGAAGCCAUUCAAUGGAUGCAGGAAAACUGGAAAAAGUCUUUCUUGUAUUCAGCUCUGUAUGCAGCAUUUAUAUUUGGUGGUCGCCACUUGAUGAAACAGCGAGCAAAGUUUGAGUUGAGGAAACCCUUGGUGGUGUGGUCACUGAGUCUUGCCCUCUUCAGUAUUAUUGGUGCCGUACGUACUGGAGCAUAUAUGGUAUAUAUCCUGACAACCAGUGGCUUGAAGCAGUCAGUGUGUGACCAAGGCUUCUACAAUGGACCGAUCAGCAAAUUUUGGGCAUAUGCAUUUGUGUUGAGCAAGGCACCUGAGCUAGGAGACACAUUCUUCAUUAUAUUGCGGAAGCAGAAGCUCAUUUUCCUACACUGGUACCACCAUAUUACCGUACUGCUUUACUCCUGGUAUUCUUACAAAGACAUGGUGGCUGGAGGAGGGUGGUUCAUGACGAUGAACUAUGGUGUGCAUGCUGUCAUGUACUCCUAUUAUGCUGUAAGGGCAGCUGGCUUCAGAGUCUCACGGAAGUUUGCUAUGUUCAUCACCAUGACACAGAUCACCCAGAUGGUACUAGGCUGCGUUGUUAACUAUUUGGUGUAUGAGUGGAUGCAGCAGGGUCAGUGCCCAUCACACAUGCACAACAUUGUCUGGUCCUCCCUCAUGUACCUCAGCUACUUUGUCCUCUUCUGCCAGUUUUUCCAUGGGGCCUAUUUGAGCAACAGCAACAGGAAAGCACUGAAGGCCAACUAGAACUGAAUGGUUUGAGGUCACAGCUCAGGGGCAUCAGUCACAUGGCACAGUGACAUGUAUCGAGUGCUUCAAAACGGCAGCCUCUAUUCAUUAGGUUGGUUUAAUCCAUUGGAGCUAAUGGCACCUCAGUGAGAUCAUUCUAAGAAGUUUCAAAUUGUAAGAAAGGUGCUCCUUUAGGUGUGUUAAUAGGUGAUGCAAUACACAUAUGGACUUUAUCAGUUGUUGUUAAAUGUCAGUAUGGAGGUUUAGUGAUCUGAUUUUUUUGUAAAUGGAUCAACUGAGGUACAAAAACGAGCUUAAUGGUUUAAGCCAAUCAGUAUUGAAUCUGAAGGGCAGCUAGAAGAACCAAAAGCUUCAAGAAAAGAUUAAUGGUUUAAAAAAAUAUUUUUUUUAAUUAUUCAAAAAUGAAAGAUUCUGCACUGAUAAGAUUACUAGCAACUUCUUGAUCCAUGGUGUCUCUGAUAAUAAAAAGUAGAGUAAAAUACCCAUUUUUGUGAAUAUGUGGUGUUGGAGAACAUUUGCAUUUGUACCUUGUAUGGCCUUUUGAGAACUACCAAUUGAGUUAUAAUGUUAUUAUUCCUAAUAAAAAUGCAAAUUUAACUAAAGUCACAGCAUUUAUCACGUUUUAGAAGUACAUUUGCAGGAAGAAGAUGAUUUUCAGUUCUAAUUGUAUUCUUCCUCCUUUAUUUCUUUCCUGAAUAUUGAAAUGAAACUAUUUGAUAUUAGCGGCCUUGUUAGUAUGUUCAUUGAAAUUCUUGCGCCUGUUGGUGUUAACUUAUUUUAAUCUUAAAUGUAAAGUGGCAGAGAAAGAGUUUCAUGCAAAUAUAUUAAUGAAAAUACUAACAUCAUAUAGAUGAUUUCAGUGUACAUUUAUUGAUUACUUAUGGCAAGUUUAUAAAUCUGCCUCACAGACUUAUCGGUCAAGAGUAAGCCCAUACUGAGAUUCAAGGCUUUUUUUCCUUGGUUUUCAGUUUCUUUGUUUAUAUUCUAUUCUGAGGCACUUAAAAUUGUUUGAGUACAUUGUUCUUUCCCAAACUACUACUGGAUCUUUCCAGAGUGUAUUCAGUUUCACUGAAACUAAAUUGCUUACAUAGUUUACAUUUCCUUGCCACUAUUUCUGAAAUUGUCAUUUCAAGUCGUGAUGUCUAUGCCAUCUCUUUGCUAUUUCAUCUUUACUUUAGUCAGUUUAUAAACAUUUCAGAGCUGUGGGUAUUUGCAUACAACUGCAACAAUCUAAAACAGUUUGAACAGUUUUAUUAAGAAAUUUCAAAGUAAUCAAAAAAGGCUGAUGGGACCACAAACGUACGCUUAAUAAAAUUUGGGUUUUACAAAGAUCUUUAUAUAAACAAGCUGGGGAUACUUUUACAGAUAUUUUUACUUGUAUUUUUUGAUACUGUGGUCUUAUGGUUAAAUGAUUCAGUGUAAAUAAAUUCUGGGGCAGUGAAGCUUUGAAAGAGAUUAUUUAACCUUUAAUCUGCAAACUAAGACAUGAUAAUUUUCAUGAUUUUACAGUAAAAUGCUACAUACAACAACAUUUAUCAGGCAUACAAGGUUUCCAAAUUCAUAUUUUUUUUGGUAAAACAAUUGAUUCAGAGCCAAAGUAUUGUACCCUGCUGUGAAUUAUCAACUGGUGAUGCUGUAACACCUAAUAAUAAAUAUUUGUAAAAUGUU